CGUCCUGCAUUUUAUUAUUUUGUACAAAGCGUACAAAACAAGACAAUUGGUUUCUUUCCAUUUUGAUAACAGAUGAAAAUGUAAUGAAUUGAAGGUGAGGGCAUCAAUCAUCGCUGCAUAUUUUUUAUUGGUUGUCAGGGUAUUUAAGAUACACAGUCCUUCAUUGCCAAGGUAAUGGCGUAACAGAACUAUCUUCUCUUCGUCUGGCAAGCCUCUUUCUCUGCCCUGUGUAAUGUACAAUUCAAAAUAGUUUAUCCAGUCAUUCCAAGGAUCCUGCGGCUGACCGGGUACCAGCAGAAAUAUUUGUUGAAGUAAAAAUCGAAAUGUAUAGAUUUUAAGGUUGUGUUUAGGGGUGGGGUGGGGUCACGCCAAUUUUUUUUUUUUAUGGGGUUGUCAGAAAUUCUGGUGGAAAAAAUGUGGUACUGCAGCUGAAAACGUUUGAAUACCACUGACUUAAAGUAAUGUAUGUGUGUGCAAGAAGACCGAUCAGUUGUAGCUUACUUGUGCUUACUUUGUGUUUUCAAUAUUAAAGUUAGUCAUUUGUAAUUUAGGGGUGUGCUUUCAUUAUUCAACUAGGUCAUUUGUUAUAGAUGUGUUGUUUCCAGAUUCAAUGUGGUCAUUAGUUAUUCGAUGCGUGGUGAUUUGCUUUUACAGUGGACGAGUUAUGUUUCAAGGUUCUUUAUGACCAUUUGUUAUUAGAUGUGUUCCGCAUUCAAGAUUUGUUGUGGUCAUUUUAUAUUUUAAUAUUGGCACAAAUAAUGUUACUUAUACAGUACCUUCCUUUAACUCUAUAGAGUUCUAACUUGUGCACUUUGCCCAGCCUUUUGAAAUGUGUGUGUCAUGAGAGAGAGUCAAAUGCUGUAACUUUUCUCCCAAUGUUUGCAGUUUGCAUCAAAGUUCCAUACGAAGUUGCACCUACCCUGACUGAGAAUUUGAAGCCCAACGUGGUUAAUCACAAGGCAAACGAAGAUGGCGCCAGAAUUAGACUUGUCCCCACCAACCAUGUUUCUGCUGGUACCCGGUGAGCCGCAGGAGCCUUGGAAUGACUGGAUAAACUAUUUUGAAUUGUACAUUAUACAGGGCAGACAAAGAGGCUUGCCAGACGAAGAGAAGAGAGUUCUGUUACGCCAUUACCUUGGCAAUGAGGGACUGCGCAUCUUAAACACCCUGACAACCAAUGAAACAUAUGCAGCGAUGAUUGAUGCCCUCACUGUUUACUUCAGUAAUGCGCAGAACUGUCAGGAGCCUCAGGACUGUCAGGAGCCUCAGGACUGUCAGGAGCCUCAGGACUGUCAGGACCGUCAGGAGCCUCAGGACUGUCAGGACCGUCAGGAGCCUCAGGACCGUCAGGAGCCUAAGGACUGUCAGGACCGUCAGGAGCCUCAGGACUGUCAGGAGCCUCAGGACCCGGAUGAUUCACAAAGAAUCAAACAGAACAGUCAUAAAUACUUCAGAAAAAAGUAAUAGUUGGCCAGGGAUUGG